UAUCGCGUUAACAUUGACAGAUGCCGUAGAAUCGAGUUUCCUUCAUUCAUUAACUCUUCGGGCUCCACAAUAAUAACAUCAGUUUCGUCACCAGAAAUAUUGCCCGUCAAUUUUUCAAGGAUUUCAAUUCAAAAUCCUAUAGUUACAGCGGGUUGCAAGAGCAAAUCAAAGCUUUUGACACAUAAUUGAACUCAAACUCAAUUCCUAAUCACGUGUGGUACACGUACUACUGCAGACUACUAACUAGCCAUGGAAGUCAACAAAGAUGAGGCAAGGCGGUGCAUCGACAUCGCACUGAUGGCCUUCAAGGCGGGCAAUAUGGAGAAGGCCCAAAAGUUCGCAGAGAAAUCCCGACGGCUAUAUCCCCUGAAAGAAGCGGAUGAUUUGCUGCGAAUUGUUCAAAAUUUCACAUCUUCGAGCACCCGGUCCAAACCCACAACGCCAACUUCGGGCGACGAAGGCCCACGACGGAGGGCGCCCAACAAGGAGAAAACACAGGAACCGAAGCUCAACGUAGACUAUACCCAAGAACAGUUGGACGCGGUAAAACGGAUCAAGAAGUGUAAGGAUUUUUACGAAGUUCUAGGUGUAACGAAGGAAUCUACCGACUCCGAGAUUAAGAAAGCAUACAAGAAGUUGGCGCUGCAGUUGCACCCGGAUAAGAAUAAAGCUCCUGGAUCCGCUGAAGCCUUCAAGGCUCUCGGUAACGCGGCUGCCAUUCUGACGGAUGUUCAGAAACGUAAAGAGUAUGACUUGUACGGAAGUCAGGACAGUUCCAAUCGUCACCACUCCAACUACUCCAGUAAUGGAGGGUUCAAUCAGCAUGAGUACAGCUUCGGCAGAAGCUUCGAGUCGGAUAUCAAUCCGAACGACUUGUUCAAUAUGUUCUUCGGUGGAGGCUUUCCUCCGCAGCAAGCUCGCGGACGCAACCGAUGGCAAUCACAUGAAUCACACUCCGGUAGCCAGCCGAGCCUGAUCUUCGGUUUAGUUCUAUGCUUCAUCGUUGUUUCGAUGCUGUCGACUUUCUUCGCGUCGGAUCCGCUCUACAGCCUUCAGCAAACUCCGAAAUACUUCGUGGAACGCCGAACCCUCAACUUCAAAAUCCCGUACUACGUAAAGGAAUCGUUCGUCAGCGAGUACCAGGGUUCGCUCAGCCGGCUGGAACACUCUGUCGAAGAGGAGUACAUCCUGUACAUGAAGCGCAACUGCUACAACGAACGCAACUACCGGGACGCCAUGAUGGCCCGGGCCAAGAACUUUGGCAGCCGGACGCAGCUCAACCAGGCCCAGCAGCUGAAGAUGCCCUCGUGCGACGCGCUGUACAAGUUGGGUAUCGGCAGGGUUAACUACUGAAAGGGCGUCGAGAAUCUUGUUUUUUCACUAAAUUUUAGAAGUAUUAUUUAUUUCACUAAUGCACAUGCGAUAUCGCUUGGAUUCUAUGGAUGCCGAUUACAAAGGGUAAGGCUGGGUGUUCGAUGCCAAAGGUCUCAUAUAUCUGGUCGUAUUUUAUUGGCUUUUUACUGGGAUUGAACUGCAUUGAAAAACAACAGGAUCUCCUCUUUUUGCGCCGUUUCAUACUGCUAUCGGUAGGUAUCUACCGAACAACAUUCCUUUGCUAGAUCAGUGCAAAAGAGUAGGUAGUUUUAUGAGCAAGCUUUAAUAAAAGAAUUUCCUCGUUUGAAAAAAAAAAAA